AUGGCCGACAGUUCAAUACCUUGCGACCUCACUGGGCACGUCAGUCGACAGGAUCAGUACCCAGCGGCUCAUGGCGGCUUUUCAGAUGUUUGGAUUGGUAGCUGGGACAAGGGCGGUGAGACACUAAAGGUUGCCAUCAAGGUUCUCCGCCCUCAGACUUGUCAAGAAGAUGCGAGGUCCAAGGUGGAUAAGCGGCUGCGACGCGAACUACGGGUCUGGAAGGAACUGCAACAUCCGAACAUUGUACCGCUCUUCGGCGUCGUCUCUGAUUAUGGCCCUUAUGUUUCUAUGGUAUCCCCCUGGAUGGAGAAUGGCAAUCUUAACAAGUUCCUUACCGAAGAACUAACGCUAGCAACCAGGUUUAAGCUGUUGUGCGAUAUCGCAACCGGCUUGCACUAUUUACAUAGUCUCGAUAUUAUCCAUGGCGACCUCACCGGGGCCAACAUUCUCAUAUCGAAGAAUGGCGUCGCCUGCCUAAGUGACUUCGGACUUUCUACGAUCAUUGCAGAAUUCCAGGGAACUUCGUAUUACACCUCUUCGAUCCACGGAAACAUAAGAUGGACCGCGCCUGAACUCUAUCGUAUCGAUGCAGUUCCUUCCGUCACCUUCUUCUCUGAUGUGUAUUCAUUCGGGAGUGUCAUGCAUCAGGUACUAUCGGGCUGCAUUCCAUACCACAACUUCAAAUCUGAUGUCCAAGUCCUUCUGUGCCUCAUCAAUCGUAUCCGCCCUGAAAGACCGAUCCAUAACGUAUCAGAUGCCCAUUGGUGCUUUAUACAGCGGUGUUGGAUUGACAAUCCGCGGGCAAGGCCCAGCAUAACAGAAGUCCUCGCCGCCAUCUCCUUUUUCCAUCGAAAUCUCCUCGACGUCAGGCCCAAACUGUCUUCCGCUGACUCCGCUGGCUCGACGGCCACCUCAGACUCCCUGAUCGGCAACCUUUCGCUUCAACUCAACCCCACAUCGCCGUUGAUCAUUCCAAAGAGUCGCACAUGCUCGAAACACGGGUUGGUACAGCCCGUAUGGGCAAUAUCACCUCGUGUGCUUCUUGUCGAUGACGAUGCCGUUAUCCAGAAACUGAGCUCACGCCUGUUGCGGAUAUUUGGAUGUACCAUCGACGUUGCAACAGAUGGGGUUGCUGCGGUUCAUAAAAUGAACACUGCAAUUUAUGAUCUUGUAUUCAUGGAUAUCAUGAUGCCGAGGCUCGACGGCAUAUCUGCCACUUGUCGUAUUCGGGAGUUCGACUCGAUGACUCCAAUAAUAUCAAUGACCAGUAACUCACAACAGAGCGAUGUCCAAGUUUACUAUACAUCAGGGAUGAACGAUGUACUUUGUAAACCUUUCGGCAAGGAAGGCAUAUUGAUGAUCCUCGAGAAGUAUCUUGUCCACCUCAAGGCUAUGCAGGUUUUGCCUGCUUUGACCAAGGCACCCUCCCUUGGCCCAUUGGAUUCGGCGCCUGCCAUCACCCUCUCUGGCAAAGAACCCCACUCCACUUUGUCUAGACCAGGCACUCAAAUAGAUGCAUGCAUAUGCAAUUCGCAAGGUUCAGCACAGAGAAGUACUUCUAUGGCAAUUUCACCCCCUCUCAAUGUCCCCGGCCGGGAAUUGUCCACGAUUCACAAUCCCGGUGGGGCUUCCAGAACGAUGAAGAACGUUGCCGGGAUUAUCGCCGUUGUUCGGGGACAUACAAUCUUAUUUCUGAACAAGAUGUGA